AUGAUGGACAUCGGCACCACUGGGCUUCUCUCCGCGUGUUCCAACCUCCUGUCAGUUUUCUCCGAUGCCGAGUUGAAAAAAGUCUUCGUCUUGACUCUCGACCACAUUGAUCACAAAGAAAGCCGCGUCCGAUCAUCAUCCGCGGCUCUUCUCGCGGAUUUGGUCAAAAAACUCGGCGAAGCCCAGUUCUUCGUCGCUUUUGGUCGAAUUUUGGAACUGAUCCGUCGUGAUUUAGCGCGAGAUCCCGGAGCCGCCGAUUUGCCGCAAAAUGAAGUCGUCCGGCAAAAGAUUUUGGAAGGUCAAAAGUCACGUGGUCUCUCGUCGCAGGAGAUCUUUCACGAGUCCGCGGGAUGGAGACAUUUGGAAACGUCGAUGAACGGAAUGAAGUUGCUCUUCGAAAAGAACGAUCCUUCAAAAGUCGUUUCGCAGGAGCUCUUCGACUUGCUCAACGAAUGCACCUGCCACUCGAACCGUUUCAUCCGCGAGAGCGCGUUCUACAUCGCCUCUGCGAUCCUCUCCGUGACGCUUGAAAACUCCGAUCUCGUUCCCUCUUUCGCUUCGUUGAUCCACAAAGGAAUCUCGGACAACUGGUCACAAGUUCGAAUGGCCUCUUCUACAGCCGCAAGAGCUUUUCUUAAAGCGCUCAACGAAGAAGAACGAGCAAAAUAUUACUCUUUGCUUCUCCCGCCAAUUUGUAUCAAUCGAUAUUACAUUGCCGCUGGAGUUAGAAUUCAUAAUCAAGAAACAUGGCGCCUUCUCUUUCCGGAAAAGGGUGUUCAGGUUGUUGAAUCCAACAUCGCUUCCUUCACAUCUUUCUACAGCGCUCAAAUCGCAGCUGACAACCACGCUGUGAGGGAAGCAGCUUGUGCUUGUAUUGCUGAACUUGCUUCAAAAUGCUCGCCAGCAUCCUUGGAGGGUCAAUGGGAAGUCUUGCUUGACAGUUUGAUCAAGACAUUUGGCGACGACUCCUGGCCUGUUAGAGAUGCAUGUUGCAUUGCUGCGGGGAACUUUGUCUCUGCUCUGCCCGAACAGACCUUUUCCAAGCAUCAAGUUCUUUACGAGAAAUUCAUGGAGAACGUCAUCGACCCGAUCGCAUCAGUCCGUCAAGGAGGUGCGGUAGCUGUCGCGAAACUACUGUCAGUCAACGGCGAAGUCUUUCCAAAAGUCGUCGCGUUUCUAGAAGAAAGCUUCAAGGGCUUGAAAGAUCAGUCGGAAAAUAACUCGAAGUUUGGUCGACUUGAGCCGGGACCCGGCCAGUUCGGAGUUGUUCGAAGAAUUCAGCAAGAUGAGGAUAAGCAGGAGAACGGCACGAUGUAUUCUUGCGGGUCUUUGGCUCCAAAGAUGAAAGCAAAACAGCCCACUGGUGGCGGCUGCUCUUCCUGCACAAGCUUUACUCGCAAAGAAGAGCCGUGGGAACGCGCUGAUGGCUCCCUCAUCCUCCUCGUCGAAUGCGCAAAGGUCUCGAAACCAAACCAAGCCGACGAAAUUUGUCGAUUAUUUGCCCUCGGCUGCGAUCAGAUCCGCUCGAACAGGCACUUUGACGCGCAUCAGCAGCUCCACGAGACGUUUUCCAAGCAAAUCAGUUUGUUUGCAGAAGCUGUUGGCAAAAAGACGUUUAAAAACUGCCUCGUUGGAUCUUUCGACAUUCUCUUCUACGCUGCGAACUCGCCGGUUUUAUUAACGAAAGCCGCUGCGGAAGAGUGCCUAGCCUCUUUAUCAAAGCUUCUUGGUCCUUCAAUCCUCCGAGGACGAGCAGAAAUGACCCACCCAGACAACCUGGAAACGCUAGACCGAGCGUUGAACAACCCCAUGUCCGUCCCACAGCAUCAGGUCACGGGAAUGCGCACUGCCGAAGAUAACUACGGCGCGUUCAUCGGAAUGGCGCCUGGCCGAAGCUACUAG